AUGGUGCGCAUGGACGACGAGCGACUACCGAAACGACUCUUCUACGGAGACGUCGCGACGAGCUCUCGCCGCCCAGGAGGCCAAUUUCGUCGAUACAAGGAUACUCUGAAGUCCUGCCUGAAGCAUCUGCAAAUUAACCCGACUAACUGGGAAGAGCUCCUCCUCGACCGACCGACCUGGAGGAGGAAAGUGAAGUCAGGCGCUGCGAUCUAUGAGGCCAACCGAAUCGCCGCUGCCAAAGUGAAACGCGAAGCACGCAAAUCACAACUACGCCCCGUCCGUAACGCCGACGUACAACCGCUUCCAAAGUGUCCUCGGUGUUAACGGACAUUCCGGGCACGAACUGGAUUCAUUGGACAUCUUCGGACCAACUGCACCUCCCAUACCGCACCAAUCGCCGCCCCUCCGCCCGCCUCUGCAUCGUCCUCUCCACCGUUAACCAACUAUGACAAUUCUUCUGAACCAGCACUUCCGUCCUCCCCCUCCUCCUACACCUCUUCCCCCGCCUCUUCCUCCUCCUGCCCCAUUGCACCAACCACGGCCGCGCUGGUGGCCGACACUCACACCAGCAUCACACACAUCUAUGACACAACAACAGACACCAUCUCUCCAAUCUCCGACUCCAGGGGUGAGGACCAGGACUUCACCUGCCCUCACUGCGACCGCACCUUCACAUCACACAUCGACCUGGUCAGUCACUUGCGAACCCAUCGCACAGAGACUGGCGAACCAGUGCCAGGAGCACCAACCAACACCCACCGCACCCGCCCCCGCUGCCCUCGCACCUUUGUGGUGAGGUACCUGACUAAUUUACCUUUGACAAUUUAGUCCCAUUUCCUUUGACCGCAUUGCCUGUUUGAAUGUGACGAGAAACGACACACCUGUACAACCCGCCGUGCUAGCGUCCUCUGCUGUGGUAUUCUGUUGUCAGUUUUCUUAACGUUCAAAAACCUCUAUAUUUUUCACUGCUCCGAUUUACUUGCUGCAUUUAAGUCUAUGGGCUCGUGAGAUAUAACUCGUUAGUUCGUGAGAACAUUACGAUUUACGACAUUGGUGACUCGUGGCGUUUACGCAGACUUUAUCGCUUUCCGUCAUACUGGAUAACAUUUAACGUACUAUUUGCUUGUGAAUAUCUAUUCCAUUUACAUUUACUUUCCUCACGAAUUCUCAUAUUUUGACAUCUCUGUCUUAUUAUGUCUCACUCCGAUCAAAAACUUGAUGCCCCCGCCCAGUCCCUUCAUGCAAUCAAUUUUACUUUGCCUGAAUUCUGGCAACACGCUCCAGAACUUUACUUCAUCCGCAUAGAAUCAGCCUUUUAUUCUGCCAACGUUACCAAGGAGCUAGCAAAAUACCACAAACUCGUGGAGGUCCUCCCCGCUAGUGUCAUCUCUCAAGUUCAGUCCUUGCUAGCUAAUCCUCCUGCAGAUGCUCCCUACUCCGCGUUAAUGGCAGAAAUCCUCCGACUUAAUUCUGUGUCUGACCGACAGAUGUAUCACCAGUUAAUUAAGGAGGAGUCAUUGGGUGACCGGAAGCCCUCAGAGCUUCUACGUCGGAUGCGUUGUCUCCUUGGAGACAUGCAAGUUGAUGAUAAAUUUGUCAAGGAGAUGUUCCUGGAGCGCCUGCCCACAGAUGUCCAAACGAUCCUGGCGUCCGGCUCUCAGGAUCUCUCAGUGUCACAGUUGGCUGAGAUGGCCGAUCGAAUGAUAGAGGUGCAACGAUUUCAGUCACCUUCCGUUGCCCAGAUCUCAUCCUCAUCGUCAGUGAAUGAGCAUUUACUAAAACAGGUGUCGGCCAUGGCAGAUGAGAUGGCCUCUCUUAAAAUACAGCUCGCCCGCCUAAAUUCCAGUCGCUCACGCAGUCGUCGUCGUUCUCGUUCGCGACCUCGGACUGCUGAUACUUGCUGGUACCACAUUACUUUCGGCGUAAAGGCCCGUCGCUGUUCCUCACCUUGCUCUUUUAAGCCAAAACAGGGAAACCAGUCAGCCAGAGAAUAG